AGUGAAAAAUUGGGCGGGAUAUCCAAAAGACGCUAAAAUUUAGCGGGACUAAAAAAGGGCAAGGCGCCAAGUAAACACUAAAAGAGGCUAAACUUUCUCUCUCAAAGUAAAAUCCCUAAAUCUCCUCGCUCAAAAUCUUGAAUCCACAGCAAAGUAAAACCUCUUGUCUGCGUACAACCAGUAUUAUCCGGCUAUAUGAAGAGUUUGCUAUGAAACCAUCAAAUAAAGAAAAUGAGGUGGCAUCCACUGUGAAAGAUACUACCAAAUAUGUGUUUGUUGCACCAGGUGCUAUUGGGAAGGGACGAGGGAGAGGGCAUAAAUUUGUGCGCUCUUUAGGGGAUAAAACUAAUAUUCCAUUUUCUCCAUCUACUGAUCAAGUUAUGUAGUACAACCAAACUGUUGAAACAAGUCCUGUAGCUAAGGGACGAGGGCUAGGACUUAAAUCUAUGUGCCGUUUGCAAGCGCUUGGAAAUGAGGUGGGAUCCUUCCAUAAGAGUACAAGAUCAGAUUCUACCAUGUCUAUUGAUCAAGGAAUACGACCAAUGAAUAAAAAUCCAUUGAUUCUUGAGAAAUGGCAAAUGCAAACUAAUAUUCCAUCUUUUUCAUCUACUGAUCAAGUUAUGAAAUACAUCCAAGCAAAUUCAACAAGUGCUCUAGGAAAGGAACGAGGACUUAGAUCUAAGUGCUCCAUUGAAGUAUCUAAAAAUGAGGUGGGAUCAUUCGAUGAGAAUUCUCAUUAUGCUAGUCAAAAUAUGUCAAGACUUUCUAAUAGUACAAGAUCAGCUUCUACCAUGUCUACUACUCAAGGAUUGCGAACAACAAAUAAAAACUCUUUGGUUCAUGAGAAAGAGCAUAUGCAAACUGAAAUUUCAAUUUCUCCUUCUACUGAUCAAGUUAUGAAGUCCACUCAAACAGUUGAAACAAGUGCUCUAGGAAAGGAACGAGAGCGAGGUCCUAGAUCUAUGUGCUCCUUUGAAGUGUCUGAAAAUGAGGCGGGAUCCUUCCAUCAGAAUGCUCAUUAUGCUAGCCAAAGUAUGUCAAGACCUUUUAACAUUACUAGAUCAAAUUCUACCAUAGUUGCUGGUCAAGGAUUGCGUACAGCGAAUAAAAACCCCUAUGUUCAUGACAAAGAGCAUAUGCAAACUGAUAUUUCAGUUUCUCCUUCUACUGAUCAUGUUACGCAGCCCACCCAAACAGUUGAAACAAGUUUAUGUUCUACUGAGAAGGUAAAAAAGGUUUGAGGAAGUAACAAGUGCAAAGAAGUUGCAUCACUUGAAGUUGGACAAAAGCUAAAAGUAACAUUUUACAAUAACAGAACAGUUGGAAAGAACAACAAUCUAUUUUCGAGGCACUUGGGAAAAAUAGUUCGUGAUCGUAAUAUGUGUCCACUAGGAGUAUCAAAGUGGAAUGACAUUAAGGACGAAAAGUUAAAUCACAUGUGGGCAGCUGUUAAGGAUAAAUUUGAGAGCGAUGACAUGGAUAUUCACCGCGAUCAUAUUUUGGGAUGGAUGAAAGAGUUAUGGAAUAAAUGGAGAGGACAAUUGCAUUCAAAGCAUGUGAAGGGUAAGCCAAUCCAAGAGGCUCUUAAGAAUGU